GAUAUCUUUGGCAAACCGGACGAUAAGUUGCGCGAAGUGUUGGCAAAGCCUGUGUUUCACAUCAAAAAGAGUGCCCGAAAAGAGGUUCCCAUCGAAGACACCAUCAAAGAAGAUAUCAAUGAAAUCAGUGGUGAUAUCGACGAGCGGUUAGUAUUGGCGGCCAAAGGAAUCGCUCGCACUUUGAAAGGCGAAGAGUCGAAGAAGACUGAAAGGGAUUUAUUAAAAUUGCUUAAACUUCAGAUCAUUGAAACCAAUUACGCCAAAAGUGGACAAACGCUUCCUAAAGAGGAAUUGGCAUCACUUUUAGGCAAAAUGAAAGUUCUUAAAGAAGAGCCAAAGAGUACGCACUUUAUUCCUAUCGCACCUCAGGGUAGGAAUAAUGUGCCGCAAAGGGAGAGACAAUAUUCCCUCUCCGAUGAGUUGUUUGACGAGAGAGAAGGUCGACAGGAAUUUAGGCAAAAACCGAGACCUUUUGGCGAUAGAAGAGAAAAACCGUAUUCACUGACCGACGAGUUGUUUGAUUUGAGUGGAAAAGAGAGAGAGUUUAGUCCAAGAAGGCGACCGUUUGGCGAUCGACGAGAAACGGACGAUGCAUUUGGUGACCACAGAGUAAUGAAACCGAGUCGACAGAAAUCGGCAUUUUUGAGUCAAGAGAGUCACAACUUGUUCUCCGGUGAGAGUAUCGGUAUAUUCGAGGCCGACAUGAAAGAGGCGACGGAUGCGCCAAAAAUGCUGAUUUGGGACCGACUUUUGGACGACGAAUUGCACGAAGCGGUCGCUCAGCCGCCGAAGAAUAUGUUUGAAGAGAUGAUUCAAUGGACAGAAGAGGGAAAGUUAUGGAAAUAUCCCAUUAAUAAUGAACAAGGUCUGGAGGAGGAAGAGAAGGUGCCCUUCUAUGAACACGUCUUACUCGACCAUCUAUUGGAGGGCUUUCCCGACUCGGGUCCGGUCAAGAAGUUCAUGGAUUUAGUGGUGAUUGGGUUGUCAUCGAACCCAUACAUCACUGUAGAGCGAAAACACGCCACCAUUCAGUACUAUAAGCAGUACUUCAAUGAAAAACAAGAUAUGUUAGAAACGGCUGGAGUGUUGGCUAAGGCUUAACUUAUAAUUUAAAUUAAGAUUUGCUUUAUUUGAUAAAAUGUUGUGCAUUACAAAUGUCGUCAAAUAAAUUAAAACAGUAAUUGAAAAAUA